AUAGAUCUGCAAAUUCUUAGGGAGCGAUUGAACUUAGAGCUCAUAAGUUAUAAUUAAGCUUAUUAGUACAUAGUACGCUAUGGGUAGAGGAAAGAGGAGUUUCGGCAAGAACAGAGGCGGAGCUGGCUCUGGUAGAGCUCUCUUCAUCGAUGGUGGUUUCUUGUCAGAUUGGCAGAACGAUUCUACUACGCCGAUCCCGAUUCCAGGUGAAGGAAAAGCCCCGAGAGAGAAUGGAAAAUCUGCGUCAAAAUCCAGGAAAUUCGAUAGGCCGAAGGGGCCUUCUUCCAAGGGUGGAUCUCAAAAACAUACUGGAAAUUCUUUCGGAUUCGAAUAUCCGGUUACUGACGUUAAGGAGCUUUUGGGUUCGAAGUCGUUUACUGGAGGCAAUCUGAAAGGUAGUGAAGUGGAUGACUCGCAGCCGAUUGUUUUAGUUGAUUCCAAGGAGACCCAAAUUGUUGCUUAUGUAGACCAAACACCUGAUGCGAACGCCUUAAGUGGUGGGGAUUUUACGUAUGAAUAUGGUUCCAGUUUUGUUCUGGGCGAGAGCUGUCACAGAGGGUUGGGAUUCUGCGAUGAGCAGGAGACGACCCCAAGUGGGAUCGGAUCAUCCUCUGCGAAGGAGGAAGAUAGAGAAGGGCUGGGGUUCAAUUCAUCUUCUACAGAGAAGGAAAUGAAUGCUGAAAAGAGCAGCAGUCGAAAGGGACGUGGUCAGAAGGGUGAAGUUUCAAUGGUUGGGAAAUCGCUUCCCAAGAAGAAUUCAGGAUUUGUGUCCAUUGGAGGCCUGAAACUAUUUACCGAGGACAUUUCUGAAGAGGAAAUUGAUGGCUUUGUGGAUAAUGAAGAUGAAGAUGGUUCAGCUGAUGAAAAUAGCUCAGAGUCUUUACAGUUAAGCGAUUCAGAUGGAUCUUCUAAAUAUGGUAGCUUGGAUGAAAUGUUCUCUGAUGAUGGUUCUGAAAUUGAUGAUGAGGUUGCUGAAGAUUACUUGGAAGGAAUUGGUGGGAGCUUUGAAGCAGUGAACACUAAGUGGUUGCUGGAGCAGGCUUUGGAUGUCUCGGAUGAAGAUGAUUCUGCAAGCAGUAGCAGUGAUGGCAGUCUUGAAGAGUUUGAAGGUGCCGCUCUACAGAAUGCAUCGAUGGCAUAUGGUAUGAAGAAGCCAAAAUCAAAGAAGAAGAGUCAAGCAGGAUCUGGCAGGCUCAGAUCCCCAACGAAUGAUCAGUCAAAGAUUUUGGAUGAUAUGUUAUAUGUAAAGGACACCAGAAUGGUGUCAGGUAAGAAGAUGCAUGCUGUUCGGCUUCCUCAGUCUUGGCUCCGUGAGACUCACAGGAGUAAGCAUUCUAGAAGCAUUCCAGGUGCAAAAAAGAAACAUCGCAAAGAAAUGAUUGCUGUGAAGCGCCGCGGUGUUGAUUUGGAGCAAAUAAAUAUGGAAAUGAGGCAGAUGGUCUUGGAUGAAGUUGAUAUGUUAUCCUUUCACCCGAUGCAUUCUCGUGAUUGUUCUCAGGUAAGACGGCUAGCAUCAAUUUAUCGCUUAUGGAGUGGCUGCCAAGGCUCUGGCAAGAAAAGAUUUGUUACAGUGACGCGAACUGCACACACAUGCAUGCCAUCUUCAACUGAUCAACAGCGCUUAGAGAAGCUGUUACGACCUGGUGACGAGUAUGCAGAUUUUGUGGUCAAUGAAGAACCUAAAGAAAAAGCUCUAAAUCGAGUAAGACGAACCAAGACUACUGCAAAACUCAGGGGUCUGCAUUUAGCAGAACCGCACCAAUCUGCCCCAAGCAAGCAGUCAAAGAACUCAACCAACCGUCAUGGCAGAAACGAGUCAAGUGGGAAAAAACAUGAUGGGAGGAAGAGUACUGCAUAUGCCAAUCAACCUCUAUCAUUUGUCUCAAGUGGUGUGAUGCAAGCUGAUUCUGUAGAAGAGACUUCUGAUGCAAAUAUGAGGAACAGUUCUGAAAUAAAGCCUAUGACAAGCUCCUCAAAACUGGGUGAAUUUGAGUUGCACACAAAGGGAUUCGGAUCAAAGAUGAUGGCGAAGAUGGGAUUUGUGGAAGGGGGAGGUUUAGGAAAGGACGGGCAAGGGAUGGUGGAGCCCAUAGAAGCUAUUAAACGGCCCAAGUCGCUAGGGUUGGGUGUGGAAUUCUCCCCAACCCAAGAAACUGCAGGGGCUGGAUCUGAUAAAAGUGGAGCAUUUGAGAAACACAAGAAGGGGCAAAAUGGAGUAUUUGAGAAAUACCCGAAGGGGAUUGGAGCAUUUGAGAAACACACGAAGGGUUUUGGUUCGAAGAUGAUGGCGAGGAUGGGAUUUGUUGAAGGCAUGGGCCUGGGCAGAGAUUCCCAGGGUAUCAUCAAUCCAUUGGUUGCAGUUAGGCGCCCGAAAUCUCAAGGAUUAGGUGCUAAAUGAUGGGUAUGUGUGUACCUCUCUCUCUCUAUAAUGAAAACUUCCUAGUUCCUUUCAUGUAUCUUUGUGAAUUAACA